UAAAGGAGAAGAAAAAUUAGGGCCAUCAACAUCUUCUUCCACCUUAUAGUCAAAUCUAAAAAAAGCGUCCUUGAUGGCACCUCUGAUUUUGCUACAAUUGUGCCACCAUUCCCCUCAAUUGGUCUACAACCAGCUUUGAACCAUGAGAUUGAUACCACCUCAAUGCGAAAUAGUGGAGUUUCUUACGUGGAGAGUAAUGUCUGUGAUACUUUACUAACAAGAUAUCAUGAGUAUCCAGAUCUAAUAGUUGAGCCGGAUGGAAGACCACCCAAAGACGAUUUUAAUAUUAUUUCUGGCCGAUUUAUUGUGGACGGCAAACAUCUUGUGCAAGAAUUGAGAUCUUUGGACUACCAUAGAUACGAGUGUGAAAAAAGUGAUAAUGGUUAUAUGACACUGGUGUCUUCAACUUCAAAAUCAUCAGAAUGGACAAUGAAGUUCGUUGUAUGGACAGCUCCACCAACCAGCUGUCAUAAAUGCGUUUCAAGAAAUGGAAGAAAUUCAGGUUCUGCCUUGCGGUUUGUUUGUUGACAAAGAACAUGACUUCUUGGCGGCUUCACCUGACGGACUGGUCGGAGGUGAUAAUCUGAUUGAGGUGAAAUGUCCGAAGUCUGCUGAAAACCUCACUAUCAGCGAAGCCGUGAUCAAAGUGAAAUCAUUCUGCUUGGAAAAACUACGUUGUGGAAACGUCCGUCUCAAGAAAAACCACAAUUAUUAUUACCAGGUGCAAGGGCAACUACAUGUAGCUGAGAAAAAAAUCUGUUAUUUUGUAGUAUGGACAAAAAAAGAUAUCCAUAUUGAAAAGAUCGAGAGGGGUGUUGGUUUUGGACCGAGAAGAUGGAGAAAAAAAUUAAUUCAUUUCUACCAUCACGCCUUGUUGCCAGAGAUACUGGAUCCUCGAACUUGUCGAAGUAUGGCAAUCAGGGAGCCAUCAAUCCCUUUUUCUCAUUUUUAA